AUGUGCGACUUUUCGGAAUAUGGCCCUAAGUCUGCCGAAUGGCUUGCUGUAGAAGCAAGUCUCCCGCCUCCAUCUAUAUUUACGGAUAUCUAUGAGAGACAAGCAGCCAUCAACAAGGAUCGUGAAGAAACGUCUGCGAACGGCAUGAAAGAACUGAGUCACUUGGUCCGCAUGGAAGACUACAAGAUCCCCACGAGAGACAAUUCUUUCAUAGAAGCGCGAAGCUAUAAGCCUCUCGACGCUGCAGAUGAUCGCCUACCGAUUUGCAUCCAUCUUCAUGGGGGAGGAUAUUUAUUCGGGACACUCUCAUCCGAAGAUGCCAUAUCGUCGCGAAUUGCAGUUGGAGCGAAAGUGGCCGUUAUCAAUGUGAAUUACCGUCACACGCCGGAUCAUACUUUCCCCACGGCUUGGAAUGACGUUGAAGAUGCCUUUUACUGGGUACACGAUCACAUUGAGGAGCUUCAAGGCAAAUCUGACCAGGUUGUCGUUGGCGGUAUCAGCGCUGGUGCGCAGUUAGCAGCUGCCCUGACUUUAAGACAAAAUAUCUCUGCACCGGAUAUCCGCCAGUAUCCUGAAAUCGCUGGUCAGAUCCUGAUGAUUCCAGCCUUGGUUCACCAGGAUCAUUAUCAAUCGCAAAUUGACCAACUCAAAAGUCCCAUGGUAUCAUCAUAUGUCCAGAACGAGGAUGCUCCAAUCCUUCCCAAAAAGGUCAUCGACUUCUUUACUGGGUUGUUGAAAUUUUCGGUCCCUUUUCCAGAUGCCGAUGAUUUCCGAGUAAACACCGGAAACGCAUCAGCUUAUCAGGUAAAGGGUCUUCCUCCCGCUGUUUUCGGGAUUGCUGGUGCCGAUCCUCUGCGGGAUGAAGGCCUCUUGUAUGGUAAAAAACUUGCCGAAGCAGGUGUGCCUACGGAUGUUCAUGUUUUCAAGGGAUUACCCCAUGGGUUCCGUAGAUAUGGGGACGAGUUAUCUGAAUCUGAAAGAUGGGAUAGAGUUAUGGAGGAGGGAAUUACUUGGGCACUAUCGAACCCUGAGGCUAGGGAAUUUGAAGUGAAGACCACUUAG